AUGAUGCUGAAGACGUUUCGCCGCCAAUGUCCUGCAGCAGCUCGAAAUUUCCUUUGUGCCUCGCGAAUACGUGGCAUUUCUACCGUGACCCCAUCAGAUGCACAACGAAACACGAUUUUUGCGCUCUCCACUCCUCCUGGCAAGGCAGGAGUCGCCGUUAUACGCGUCUCUGGCCCUGACGCCCUCGACGUAUGGAAGAGGAUAAUUCGAAAUGCUAGAAGGCGCGGGGACCUUGGAAAUGGAAUAUAUUACCAACCGGAACAGCGGAAGAUGGAGAAAUGUAAAAUUGUUCAUCCAGAAAGCGGGGAACUCUUGGAUGAUGGUCUUGCGGUAUUCUUCAGAGGCCCAAAGUCAUUCACAACGGAAGAUGUAGUUGAACUACACUUGCACUCUGGCCGAGCUAUCAUCUCAGCAGUGCUCUCUGCGCUUGCUACCAUCAAAUCAUGCCGCCCAGCAGAGCCAGGGGAAUUUACUCGCCGAGCGUUUCUCGGUGGCCGAAUGGACUUGACUCAGGUUGAAGGCCUACGUGAUUUAUUAGAAGCACAAACGGACACGCAACGCAAGUUGGCUCUCCGGGCUGCAGCUGGAGACAUGAGAGUCCGGUAUGAAGAACUGCGAACGCAGAUCAUCCAUUGUCUGGCCAUGGUCGAGGCUCUUAUCGACUUCGGUGAAGGCGAAGAGAUCGAAGAGGGCAUCUACGAGCAAGCUCAGGUCGAAGCCCGUAAUCUGCUGCGGGCCAUAAACGGCCAUUUGAACGAUAGUAGACGCGGCGAAAUCCUCCGAACAGGCAUUCGUCUCGCUAUCUUUGGUCCCCCCAACGCGGGGAAGAGUAGCUUACUCAACUUUCUCGCCCGGCGCGAGGCGGCUAUCGUUACACCAAUCCCUGGGACGACGAGAGACGUUAUCGAACUCUCUUUGGAUAUCGGUGGCUUGCCUAUCAUUGUUGCAGAUACUGCUGGCCUACGAAAGACUGAGGACCUUGUAGAGAGCAUUGGUAUCGAACGGACGAAGAAAGCCGUACAGGAUGCGGACGUGUCUAUUUGUGUGCUUUCAUUGCCUGAAAUGCUGAACAGCGUCGUAUCACCUUCGAAAGGGAAAACAUCCCUCAUUACCGAGAACACCUGCUUCCUCCUUAACAAAGCUGAUCUACUUGACUCCACUAUCCCAACCGCGUCAUUGGGCGUCGCCUCGCAGCUACUCGAGCGGGCGAUGGGGAAAGAAGCGAACGGUGAAAAAAUGGAAGCUGCAGCUAGAUGGGAGAAUAUCUGGGCUGUUAGCCUCCAGAAUGGAAAGGGGACCGAAGAAUUCUUGCAAUCUUUCGCAAAGUCGCUGAAACAUAGAUAUGAUAUCUCCGCGGAUGACAACGUGUUGAACGACUCGUACACGCCGCUGAUUACCCAUACCCGUCAGCGAGUACACCUCGAGUCGGCGGCGAGAUUCAUAGAGGCAUUUCUCUCCACCCCUCCAGAAGAUGUAGUUCUUGCUGCAGAAGAACUUCGUUAUGCUGCCCAAGCUGUUGGCAAAAUCAGCGGCUUGAUUGAUGUCGAAGAUGUGUUAGAUGUUGUGUUCAAGGACUUCUGCAUCGGUAAAUAA